AUGCACCAACAAUCACCAACAGCAGGGCCUGUGCAAAUUGUAACAAUCACUCCCGAUCAUAAAUUUAUACUCGAUGAAAAAAAAUUAAAAGAAAUUUUAUAUCAUAGACGAGCACAAGGAAAAAAAAUUUCCCUUGUUUCUAUAGCUGGAGAUUUUCGUAAAGGAAAAUCUUUUAUGCUUGAUUUUUUCCUUCGUUAUUUACGAGCAAAAAAUCAAAAAGAAUGGAUCGGCAAAGAAAGUGAACCAUUAAAAGGAUUCGACUGGCGUGGAGGUGCUGGCCGUCAUACAACCGGAAUGAUUAUGUGGAGUGAACCAUUUAUUAUGUCAUUGCCAAAUGGUGAAGAAAUUGCAGUUCUACUGAUGGAUACUCAAGGGACAUUUGAUUCAAAUUCGACUGUAUUUGAAAAUGCAUUCAUAUUUGCAUUAACAUUACUUGUUAGUAGUGUAACUGUUUAUAAUAUAAUGCAUAAUUUACAAGAAGACAAUUUACAACAUUUAUCAUUCUUUGCUGAAUAUGGCGUUUUAGCACUUGACGCUUAUCAUACAUCUCCGUUUCAGCAAUUAACAUUUCUUGUACGCGAUUGGCAAUUUGAAUAUGAAACACCAUAUGGUUUUCAUGGCGGAGAAGAAGUCUUAACAAAUCGUCUUCAGAUCCGACCAAAUCAGCAUCAUGAUCUAGAACUAGUACGCUCUCGUUUACGUCAAUGUUUUCGUAAGGUCAAUUGUUUUCUAAUGCCACAUCCUGGUCUUAAAGUUACAAAUCGACGUGAAUUCGAUGGACGAUUAGAAGAUAUUGAAAAAGACUUCAAAACACAAUUGCAAUCAUUGAUACCAGAACUUUUCCGAUCGGACAAUGCAAAUUUUGUCAAAGAAAUCAAUGGAGAACAGAUCACAUCUACGCAAUUAUUUGAAUACUUUAGAACUUAUUGUGCUGUAUUCGCCUCGGGGGAAUUACCAUCACCAAAAGCUAUGCUAGAAGCGACAGCUGAAGCCAAUAAUCUAGCUGCCAAAGCUGUAUCAAAAGAAUUUUAUACACGUGCAAUGGAACAACACUGUGGUGGUGAUCGUCCCUAUAUUCAUCCCAAUCAAUUAGAUGCACUUCAUCAAGAAGUUUAUCGUCAGUCAAUUGAAAAAUUUCGUUGCGCUCGUAAAAUGGGUGGCGAAGAAAUGUCACAAACUUAUCUGCAAGACUUAGAAAAUGAAUUAGCUGAACAAUAUUCUAAUUAUAAAAAACAUAACGAUUCAAAAAAUGUCUUUGCAUUCAGUCGUACACCAACAACAUUUAUCUCGUGCAUGGUUUUAUGCUAUAUAAUAGCUGGUCUACUCGAAGCAAUAUGGCUCGGAGGAAUUAACUUUAUAUUUAUGUUUGCAUUUUGGCUUUGCUUUGUGUUACUAUCUAUGUGGUUAUAUACAAAAUAUUCAGGAGACCAUGCAGAAAUCGGAGAAUAUAUUGACUAUUUUGCUGAUGUUAUAUGGAUUCAUGGCUUUCAUCCUGUUUAUUCAAGAUGUAUACGUUCAGCAAUGCGCUCCGUACUGGGACAUACGAAACUGGAAUAA